AUGAAUGAAUAUGUAAAAUAUACAACUGGCUUUUAUGUUUUUGACCUAUAUAAAUAUGAUACUAGUGAGGAAUUUUUAAAAAGUUUACAAUUAAUAACACAUGAAGAUAUAAUAAUUAUAAGUUUACAAAACGUUGCUGACCAAAACAUUAGAGAGACCUAUGAAAGUAUUAUUAAUAAACAAUGUAACCAGAACAAGGAAUAUGUGUUUCUACAUUUAGAUUACAAGUUAGAAAAGGAUCUCUUUCUUCUUAUGAUUAAAAGAGGAUUACAUACUUAUGUUGAAGAUGUCUAUUAUAAAAUCAUAAAGAUAUCUACUAAAAAUAUGUUUGGAAAAAUAUAUAAAAAAGUGAUGAAAUAUUACUUUAUCGAUUAUAUACAAAAAGUAAUAAAUACAAAUAAUCAUUCUAUACAAAUAAAAUGUAAUAAAAGAAUUGAUGGUAAUAAUAAUGUGUCAAGCUAUUUUGGAAAUGAGGAAAAGAGAAAAGAAUUUCAUAUAACCUUACGUAAAGAUAUGUUAUUAUAUCAAAUGGAUCAUAGGAAAUAUUUCAACUAUUUAAAUAAAUGUUUUCAACAUGGAAAAGAUAUAAACCUAAAAAAUGAUGUAAAUAUAAAAAAUAAAAAUCUGAAUAAAAAAUUCAAUCAUUCUUUCUCGCAUCAAUAUAACAUGAACCAGUAUGAAAUUUUCAAAAAAAAGAAUAAUUUAAAUUAUGAAAAGAAAAAAAAAAAAAUACAAAUGAAGGGUAGAUAUUCUCAUGAUAACACAUUUAAUAAUAAUUUUACUUAUCAUUAUAAUAGCGACACAAUUCUGGUAGGAAACAGAAAGGAGAGAUAUGCUAUUAAUCAUAACAUAUGUAAUAUGAAGAAUAAAAAAGAAAUCUAUACACAUAAUAGUAAUAAUAUAUGUGAUAAUAAUAAUAAUAAUAUAUGUGAUCAUAAUAAUAAUAAUAUAUGUGAUAAUAUUAAAAAAUAUGAUCGUAAUAUUUUACACUGCAUAACCCUUAUGAUUAAUAAUAUUCGCUUUUGUAUUUGUUUUUCUAAUUUUGAUAUAUACAAAUAUAUUCAAACAAAAAGUUAUUAUCAAUAUAUAUUUUACAAAGAAAGAGAAAGAAAAAAUAAUUUGUAUAAAGAUAAAGAAAACAAUCCCUUUUAUAUUAAUUACAUGAAUUACAAUUUAAAUUUGUACAACAUUUUUUGUAAACAAUUAUAUAAUCUUUUUAUGAAUAAAAUAAUUUUUGAGACGAAAAAAGAAGAUAUGUAUUUAUUUAGUAUGGAUAUAAUUAUCUUCAUUGGAUUUGAUAAAUUAGUUUUAUGUAAUAUAAAUGAAAAUAUGAAACCAGUAAAAAACAAAAGUAAAUAUAAUAACAUAAAAAAUAAAUAUGAAUACAUAUCUAAUAAUUCUCUAUUCCUCGAUAAAAACAUUAUAAUCUUUAAUAAAAAUACACACCAUUUUUUAAUACAGAAAUAUUAUAAAACAUUAACAAGGGAAAAGAAAUUAAACCUUAUACCUAUAGGAAUGAAAUCGAUGUGUGAUUUAUAUACAUUAAUUAAGAUAAAUAUAAUCGAUGACUUUUUUUUAUAUCAUAAAUAUAAUAAACAGGAACAACAUUAUUCGUUCAUAAAUCAUCUAAAAUCAAAAAUAAAAAAAAAUAAAAAAAAAAAUAUUACCAUAAGUGUAGAACCAAAUAUUAUAAAUCUUAAUGUUAUUAAUACAUAUGAAAUUUAUCAUACCUCUUUUGAAAUAUGUUAUGAUUAUAAAGAGAUAGAAGAACAUAAUAUAUAUACAUAUGAAAACUCUCAUCAUAAUAAUAACAAUGCUCAACUUAUUUCAUCUCCAUUUUUUUUCAAUAAUAAUCAUAAUACAUUGUUAUGUGAUAAAAAAUAUUAUGAAGAAGAAAAGGAAGAGCCUUAUUCAUCAGACGGAAAGGAUAAUGUUUGUUGUGUCAUCAUCGGGGGAAAUAAAAAGGACAAAAAAUUUGAUGAAGGGGAGAAUAAAACAUUUGAUAAAAAGGAAAAAAAAUUUGAUAAAAAGGACAAAAAAUUUGAUAAAAAGGACAAAAAAUUUGAUGUACCACACGAUUACAAAAGAAUACAUGAUCCUAUAGGGGAACAUAGAAAUGAUGAAAUUGUAGAAAACAACAAAAAUCAUGUAACAAAUAUUUCAUCUAAUUAUUUGACAAAACAAGGUAAAAAAUACAACUACCUAUUCCAUCUUCUACAUAUGAGUACUAGAAAAAAAAAAAAAAAAAAAAAAUAUAUAUAUGGGACAAAUAUCUUAAAGGGAAAAGAAAAAAUACAUAAUGAUUUUAACAAAAAACAUAUAUAUCACAUCCAAGAAAAUUUUGAUUGUAAUGGUUCAACACAUUUGAAUUAUAUGAGUGAUGAUUAUAAUAAAAGGGAAUAUUAUAGAGAAACAUAUUAUAAACAUCAUAAUAUACUUGAAGAAAUAAAAAAAGAAAAUAUAUCAAAAGAUGAUAUAUAUAUUAAUAAAAAAACUACAGAUAUAAAUGAUGAUGAUUUAUAUUUCUCAGUAUUAUGUUUUGAUGCUCAAACAAAAUCAACUAUGCCGAUUAAUUUAUAUUCUUUUCUUCACUUGAAAAAAAAUACUAUCUUUAAAUAUUUAGAAGAAAAUAUACGCUUUAAGGAACAAGCGAAAGAUGUAAAUUGUAAAGGGUGUAUGGUAAUAAAUAAUAAUGAUAAUAUGAAAAGGAAUAAUAAUAACAAUAAUAAUGAUAAUAAUAAUGAUAAUAAUGAUAUUAAUGAUAACAAUAAUGAUAACAAUAAUAAUAAUAAUAAUAAUAAUAAUAAUAAUAAUAAUGUCAUAAUUAAUCAUAAUGGUUAUAUGAGAAGCAUACAAAAUGUCAAGAAUAUGAAAAAAAAGAGAAAGAAAAAAAUACAGAAUAAUAAAAAUACAUACACCUUUGCUACAGCGAGAUAUAUUUAUUUACAACCAUAUACCGGUAUUAUUAAAAAGAAUACUAGAAAAAAAAUAGACUUAAAUAUUUUUAUUGAACAUAUUUUAAAAUCACAGAUAAUUAAAGAUUCAUUUGUAUUAAUUAUUAGAAUACAUAACUUUGAUAAGGAUAUUUUUUUAACCGUCAAGUGUCUUAUACAAAAUAAUAUAAUUACUUCUCUUAUACAUGAUAAUUUAAGUCUUUUAAAAAACAAAAAAUAUAUACAAAAUAGGGAUAUACAUACAGCGGACAUGUGUUUCUCUGAUUUGGAUAAUAUGAAAAAUAAGAAAACUAUAAAAAAGAAAUACAAAAUAAAGAAAAAUAAAAUUAAUUAUAGCUUUCACCAUAUGACGAAUAUGAGUUUAUUAAGAUAUAGAUCUAAUAAAAAAAUAAUAAGAUUCCGAAAAAAUCAAACAGAAAAUAAGAUGGACAAUAUCAUUAUGCUACAUAAAAUGGAUGUAACAAAUAAUAUAUCACAUAAUGUGAAUAAGAAAACGCCAUGUCAAAUACAAAAUUAUUCCUUAAAAAAUUAUUGUAAUAGUAUAUUAAAAAGUAUAAUAAAUAAUAAGAAUACGUUUAAAUAUCAUAUUAAAAAGAAAAAGAGAGGUUCUUAUUUUUUAUCCAGAAAUUUUACCAAAUUUUUAUUUUUCUUAUUCUUUUAUAUAGAUAAAAAACAAAAAAUAUUAUUUUACAAUACAACAAAUGAAGAAAUAAUUCAUGACCUUUUGUAUUUCUUUAACUUAAGUAAUAUGAAUUAUUAUCAUUUACUUUAUUCAUUUCAUUAUAUAUUUCAAACCUCCAAGGGGAACCCUGAUAUGUGUGAAUAUAAUUAUUACUCUAAAAAGAGGUUCUUCGAUAUGGUUAAACGGUAUAUAAGAAGGAAUAGGAAAGAUGAUAUUAACAGUGAACAUGAUCAAAGGGAUGGUAGCAAAAAUAAAGUUGAAAUGAAGAAAUGGUUCUACAGCAGGGCUAAUAAUAAUAACAAUAAUAAUGAUAAUAAUAAUAAUAACAAUAAUUAUGAUAAUAAUAAUAAUAAUAAUAAUUAUGAUAAUAAUAAUAAUAAGAAGAAGAACAAUAAUUAUGAUAAUAAUAAUAAUAAGAACAAUUAUGAUAAUAAUAAUAAGAACAAUAAUUGUGAUAAUAAUAGUAACCCUUGUUAUGAUAAUGCCUUCUUUAUUCAUGAUAAAGAAAGAGAUAUGAAACAUUUACAUAACGAUUCCACUGUUAUAUAUAAUAUUACUUAUUUAAUAAGAAAGAUAGAAAAGAAUGAAAAAAUUCAAAACGAUAUAUCCAUCAUAUCCUUAUUGUUUUUAUGUGAACAAUUUUUUUAUAUUAUAAAUACAAAUAUAAUAACAUCCCAAUAUCUUAGUUAUAUAAAAAAUAUUUAUAAUAAUAUGAAUAUUAAGAAAAAGAAAAAAAUGUAUUUAAUCUUUUUGAUUUUGGUAAAAAAUUCUUUUACAUGUAUAUAUUAUAAAAAUAUUUUUUUGGUAUUUAUAUCAUUUAUAAAGAAGAUAUUUAUUUAUUUCCUACAAUUAAAUAUUCAACAUUUUUAUGUAACGGUUAUGAGACAGAAUGAUCUUACGAAAAAUAAAAAUAAGAAAAAAAUAAAAAAUGAUGACAAAAUAAUUGAUGAUAAUAUAUACAUCAACACAUUUAAAGAGAACAAUUACCAACAUCCAAUAAAUUAUAUGCAAGCAUAUUAUCCAAAGAAUAACAAAUUAAAAUAUUAUUUUGAUUUAUUUCUUGAUUCUUUUAAUUUUUUUCAUAAUGCUUUUCUAAUUUAUGUUUCCUCAUUUAUAUUUAGUUUUCUUGAUAUUCAAAUAGCGAUCGAUUUAACGCAUUACAUUCUUUUUUAUUUAUAA